AAUCUAAGCUGCAUGCACACAUUCGACCGACAUGCGGAGAGAAAACUGGCUUGACAACAACUGCAUCCAGCGCGUAUUCUCGUUCGAUAUCUUCUCGUGUGAAUAGGCGGUGCGGUGCGGUGCGGUGCGGUUCGGGUCGUGUGUUUGUGUACUAGUGGCCACACCAUCCAUCCACGAGACUCUCCGGGUUCGACUCCUCCAUCCAUCCAUUCCUCUAUCUAUCUUUCAAGAGCGAAUCCAGGCGAAUCAAAGUCUGAAACUUAAGGACGGCCGUUUUUCUUGUGGCGUGACUUGACCAACAACGUGUUCGACACCCUUCUUGUCCAUCCACCAUUGAUCUUCUCGUGUUUCAGCCAUAACCAUGGAGCUCGAAAUCGUCAAUGCCAAGUCCGAGCGACACAUCUGUAUGGUAAAAGGGCUGUCUCAAGAUAGUACCAUAAAAGAUGUGAAGAAGGCGAUUGGAGCUCAAAAGCAAAAGUACGCUGAUAUCAAUCGUCAAGAGAUCCGUUUAGAGGCUCGGGGCAAGUUUGUCAAAGAUGAGGACACUCUGGGAAAGCUGGGUGUUCAGAAUCAAGCGAGCCUCUAUUUCAAGGACCGUGGAUUACAAAUUGGAUGGACCACGGUAUUUCUGACCGAGUACGCAGGUCCACUCAUUGUUUACUUGUGGAUCUACACGCGUCCUUGGCUCUUUUAUGGGGAUGGCGCUUCUUCGAAGCCAUAUGCAUCGGCAGUCAAUAUUGCUAUGGGGGCGUGGUCGUUUCAUUACUUGAAGCGUCUUUUGGAAACGAUGUUCGUGCACCGCUUUUCUAACGCCACCAUGCCCAUCAUGAACAUCUUCAAGAACUCGGCCUACUAUUGGGGUUUUGCCGCUUACGUGGCCUACCACAUCAACCAUCCUCUCUACACGCCUCCGAGUCAAAACCAGGUGAUUGGUGGGCUGGUCGCCUUCGUCAUCAAUGAGAUCGGCAACUUGGGCGUCCAUAUUGCCCUCCGCAAUCUUCGUCCCCCUGGUACCAAGGUUCGAAAGAUCCCCCUCCCUACUGGCAAUCCCUUCACUUUGUUGUUCAACUGCGUGUCCUGCCCGAAUUAUACUUAUGAAAUUGGCGCUUGGGUUUCGUUCACGAUCAUGACUCAAUGUCUGCCAGCUGGAUUGUUCUGUUUGGCCGGAGCUUACCAGAUGACUAUGUGGGCGUUGGGCAAGCACAGGAACUACAAGAAGGAGUUCCCCAACUAUCCCAAGCGAAAGGCCAUCAUCCCUUUCGUCCUUUGAAGGAUUCUAAACUGACUCGUUGUAAUCAUCAGUGCAGUCUCUCAUCUAAUGUACCCAAUACGUGAAGAUUAAAACCCGAAUCAGUUUGUCUUGUA